AUGGCUGCUCCUGCGACUCAAAACCCACAAGUCAAGUCCGAGUCUAAAUCUGCGAAGAAGAAGAAGGCCAAGGUUGCAACCACUGAUGCUGAACCAGCUGCCGCACCGGCAGCUGAGCAAGCUACCAAUGGGCCCACUGAAAGCAGCAGCGGAGAUGGUUCCUACGAGAGUCCAUACAUCAAGGAAUUAUACAAAAACAUCCGCAACAUAAACAAAAAGAUCGCCAAUGCUUCUAAAGUUGACGGUAUCGUUGCUGAAAAUGCUGAUAAAACCCUUGACCAAUUGGUCGCAGAGCGCAAAAUCAAUGCCGACCAGAAGGCGCAAAUUCUAAAGAAGCCUGGUCUCGCACAGCAACUCCAACAGUACGAAGAGCAGAUUGCGCAUUUCAAGAAAUUUGAUCAAGAAUACAAGGCUGCGUCGCAGGCAGAGAAGGCAGCAUUCGAGAAGACUCAUACAGAUCGUGCGAGCAAGGAGCUGGAAGAAGCUGUCAGUUCAGCAAAGGCCGAGGGCGCGAGUGCAGCACGCGAAGCACAAGAGAGCAAUCUUUUGCUGCUUUCGCAGUUCCUGCGACUUGCUGCUAUUCGCAGAGGGGAAGAUGAGGAUCCUGAAUUAGAGGAAAACAAGGCUUUGGAAGGCUUGCUUGGAAGAGUCUAUACUGGUGAUGCUGCUGCCGUUUCUUCGAUGCUCAGUCUCAUCAAUGGCUCCGACGAGAAAAUAUAUUCCGUCAAUGGCGACCCAUUGUCCGUUUCAUUUGCGGAUAUCAAGCGUAUUGCACUUGCUCAAGCUGCCCCCUCUACUCUUGAGAGCGCCGCCGACCCAUCAGAGGAGGAACCCACUGCUGUUACGGAUUACCCUGUUCAGAGUGACCCAACAAUUGCAAAUGCUGGCCUCACAGAAAUUGACGAACCCUCUGCCACCGCUGCUCCUGUCAAUGGCACCAGCACUGCCAAUGAGAUUGAAGGUAUUCCACAAAACUCCGGUUUCGGUGGAGAGGGAAAUGCUGCUGCUAAGGAGAACUGGGAUGCUCAAAAUGAUCUCUCUACCUCUCAGGAGUGGGUAGAGGUGCCGCGAGAUGCUGCCGAGACCGACACUGGCGUUACUGCUACUCCGGCUGCCGCAACCAAUACGCAGAGCUGGGCUGAUGAUCAGCCAGAGAGCCCUACUCAAACAACUGCAGCCCCUCCAGCCACCGAAGACGACGGUUUCCAGAACGUGCCACAACGAUCACGCGGACGUGGUGACCGUGGACAAGGAGGACAAUACCGUGGCAACCGUGGUCGUGGCGAGUAUCGUGGCCGCGGACGUGGUGAUGGACGAGGAAGAGGCGGUCGUGGAGGUCCUCGAGGAGGUCCACGACGUGGAGGUGAAGAAUCAUAG